GUAUUUGAGGGUCCCGCCCGCGCUGCCUGCAGAAUCCUUGUUCCGCGCAGAUCCAGCCGCCCGCGCCACCUCCUGACACUCGGCCUGGGGCUGCUGGGUCCCCUCCUUGACUACAAAGGGUUCCAAUUGCCCAGCCUCAUCAAGUAUCAGGAUGGAGGGGGUGACUUUGCGAGUCCUCCCUGCUUGGAGUUUUCGGCCCCCCUCCCUCAGCAUGGUGUGAAGGAUCGUGGUCUCCAUGGCAACGAGAGGAGGAAGAAACAAUUUCUUCUGAAUGAGGAGCCUCUCCCUCUCUCUGCUUUGCAUGGAGGGUGGAGUGAGGAUGUAUUGAGGGAGGAGGAUGGAGGAAGAGAAGGGCCUCCAGCCCUGCCUUGCCCAGGGCUCUCUGUCCGACGGAGAACUCCCAUCGGUUACCUUGACCUCAUGGAACUGCCGGUGUGAUGGAAGAAGUGGACAUCACAGUGUGCAAAACGUCAUGGUCCUGUGUUCCUUCUCCCUGUAACAUGUCAGCCUCUGGUCAAAAAGAGAAAAUUUGUGCCGCUCAGAAUCCUCAGCUUCCAGGUGGUGGGACGCCGGGCGUAAGAACUUGAAUUGGCCACAAGGUGGCGCCAAACACCAAGUCGUCAUAAGAAUUUUCGGUUUUAAACCUGAAAUGCGUGGAGGCAAAUCCCCACCUCGCAGCCACCCCAGUGCCUUCCUUCUGGCAGAUUAUCUCAGCUCGGCUGGACAGCGCCUUGCACCUGGAGCCAUGGACGCCGCUCUGCUCCUGAACGUGGAAGGGGUCAAGAAAACUAUUCUGCAUGGGGGCACGGGGGAGCUCCCAAACUUCAUCACUGGAGCCCGAGUGACCUUUCAUUUCCGCACCAUGAAAUGUGACGAGGAGCGGACGGUGAUCGAUGACAGCAAGCAGGCGGGCCAUCCCAUGCACAUCAUCGUCGGGAACAUGUUCAAGCUGGAGGUCUGGGAAACCCUGCUGGCGUCCAUGCGGGUCAACGAGGUGGCCGAGUUCUGGUGUGACACCAUCCACACAGGAGUCUACCCCAUGCUGUCCCGGAGCCUCCGGCAGGUGGCGGAGGGCAAGGACCCCACCGAGUGGCAUGUGCACACCUGUGGGUUGGCCAACAUGUUCGCCUACCACACACUGGGCUACGAGGACCUGGAUGAGCUGCAGAAGGAGCCGCAGCCUCUGAUCUUCGUGAUCGAGCUGCUGCAGGUUGAGGCCCCCAGCCAGUACCAGAGGGAGACCUGGAACCUGAGUAAUGAUGAGAAGAUGCAGGCAGUGCCCAUCCUCCACGGAGAAGGGAACCGGCUCUUCAAGCUGGGCCGCUAUGAAGAGGCAUCUACCAAGUACCAGGAAGCCAUCGUCUGCCUGAGGAACCUGCAGACCAAGGAGAAACCCUGGGAGGUGCAGUGGCUGAAGCUGGAGAAGAUGAUCAACACCCUGAUCCUGAACUACUGCCAGUGUCUGCUGAAGAAGGAGGAGUACUACGAGGUCCUGGAGCACACCAGCGACAUCCUCCGGCACCACCCAGGUUGGGAGGGGUGGGGCUGGUGGGGGUCCAAUCUGCCCAGUGGCCCAGAGACUCCAGCCCAGAUCUCCGUGGCCCUCUCUCCUGAUCCUCUCAAGCCAUCAAACAUUGCCUCCAUCCAGCAGGGUCUCCCCAAGCCUCUAACGGCAUCACAGAUGGUGGAUGAGCGGUGCUUAUUGUGGGAGGUAUUUGAAGGUGUAUUAGGGACAAAUACAUAAGCAGCUCCUGGAACCUGUGUGGAGCAGUAAACAGGUUUUUAAAAAGGGGGCAAUCAGAGUUCCCAUCGUGGCGCAGCAGAAACAAAUCUGACUAGGAACCGUGAGGUUGUGGGUUUGAUUCCUGGCCCUGCUCAGUGGGUUAAGGAUCCGGUGAUGCCCUGAGCUGUGGUGUAGGUCAUAGACGUGGCUUGGAUCCCGAGUUGUUGUGGCUAUGGUUUAGGCCAGCAGCUGUAGGUCCGUUUCAACCCCUAGCCUGGGAAACUUCAUAUGGUGUGGAUGCAGCCCUAAAAAGAAAAAAAAAAAAAGAAAAAAAGAAAAGAAAAAAAUAAAAAGGAGGCAAUUAAUAGAGAACAAUAUCAAGUAAAUUCUAGAAUCCGUGACAUGCAGAUGGGGCAAUACUUGUGAAGGCAGGCGAUGUUUGAAGACUGUUGACAUCAUCAAACACUGUGCUCUACACACUCAAUCCUCUGCUUUUGCCACUUCAUUUAAUCCUCUUAAUGACCGUAAGGGACAGGGGCAGGGACAGGGGACCAUUUGGGGAGCUUCUAUAAGGAAAUAGUAAGUUGUGAAGG